AUGAAUAUAAAAGUCAAAGAAAAGAGAGAAAAGCUUGAGCAAGUUGCAAAAAGAAGGUUUUUCUAUACGCAAAGCUUUGAGUCAUAUGGUGGAGUCUCUGGGUUUUUUGAUUUUGGGCCAAAUAUGUGUGCUUUACAAAACAACUUUUUAUCUAUUUGGAGAAACCAUUUUGUUCUAACGGAAAACAUGCUAGAGGUAGACACGGCAAUCAUUACACCAUUUGAGGUUCUAAAGUCGAGUGGGCACGUUGAAAAGUUUACUGACCUGAUGUGCGCUGACUCUGUGACAGGUGAAGUCUAUCGAGCAGACCAUUUAGUAAGAGACUAUCUUCUAAGAGAGGCAGAGAAUAAGGAUGAGAGGGAGAAGCAGGAGUUUAUAAGCAAGGCAAAUAUGAUUGACUCAUUUGGAAAGGAAGAGCUACAGGGCCUUAUUGACAAGUAUGGGAUAAAGAGCGACAAUAAGAAUGCUCUGACAAAAAUUGCCCCAUUUAAUCUGAUGUUCAACACGAUUGUUGGGCCAUGUGGAAAGUCACAGAGCUUUUUGCGGCCAGAAACUGCCCAGGGCCAGUUCUUGAACUUUAAAAGACUGCUGGAAAACAAUGGAGAUAAGAUGCCAUUUGCAAGUGCAACGGUAGGAAAGGCGUUUAGAAAUGAGAUAAGCCCACGGACCGGGCUUUUUAGAGUGAGAGAGUUCUUAAUGGCAGAGAUUGAGCACUUUGUGCACCCAGAAGAAAAAUCACAUCCAAAGUUUGCUAAGUACUCUAGUAUAGAGCUUCCUCUUCUUUUUAGAGAAAAAGACGCAGAGAGCGAAGACCAGGCAAUACAUACAAUGUCUAUGGAUGCAGCUGUAAAAAAGGGAAUAGUCAACAAUGAGACUCUUGGGUAUUUUAUUAUCAGAGUAUAUCAGUUCUUAGUUAAGAUUGGCAUACCAGAAAGUGCUAUUAGGAUUAGACAGCAUCUGCCAACUGAAAUGGCACACUAUGCAACCGACUGCUGGGAUGUGGAGAUUGAUACUGCGUUUGGGUGGAUUGAAUGUGUUGGCAUUGCAGACAGGGCAUGCUACGACCUUAGCGUGCACAGCAAGAAAACAGGAGACAAAUUAGUUGCCCGAAGAAGGCUAACCACACCAACCACAGAAAAGAAAACAGUUGCAGUGGUUAACAAGAAAGAGCUAGGAUCAAAGUUCAGAUCGCAGGCACAAAAGGCGAUACAAGCAUUAGAAGCUCUGACUGAGGAUGAAAUAGAACAAAAGAAGAUAUCAGAGAAUGAAAUAGAGAUUGAGCUGCUUGGGGAAAAGAUAGUAACCCAGAUAGAGAAAUUAGAAAUCGUUAAGCAUAUUGAAGAGUACACCCCUAGUGUGAUAGAGCCGUCUUUUGGAAUAGGAAGAAUCCUUUAUGCCCUUCUGUGGCACUCAUUCUGGAUACGUGAAGACGACGAGCAGAAGUCUCUUUUUAGCUUUACUCCGGGCAUGGCCCCUAUAAAGUGCAUUAUUCUACCACUGCAGGAGGACGAAAGAUUUACUGAGAUUAUUACAUCACUCAAGGACACUAUAGUUGAAUCAGGAAUUAGUUGUAAUCUAGAUGAGAGCAAGGCAUCCAUUGGAAGAAGAUAUUCUCGGGCAGAUGAGAUUGGCAUUCCCUUCUGUAUAACAGUUGAUUUUGAUACGUUAGAAGACAAAAUGGUCACUCUUAGAGAAAGAGAUAGCACGUUACAGAUCCGUAUUGCUAUUUCUGACAUUCCAUCCACACUUACCAAGCUCGUUAAAGAAGAGAUUUCUUUUGACAGUUUACAAAAAGAGAAAUAAAGAGCA